UUGAGCUGUAAGGUUUCCCACUUGAACGCAGCAAUCUGAUUGGGCUGCAAAUUUCUUGCAGUGGGAACAAAACUGCUACAUGUACUGAUACCCAACCAUGAGCGAAGCGUUGGUUGGACUCCGCCCAACUAGUGAUGUUCAAGGACAUGAAGGAUAGUCUGUAUGCAUGGAGACAUGUGUUGGGAUACAUGGCCGUUGUCUUCACACUAGCAUUAUUCUCAGCUGGAAUCCUCACCUGCCGUAAGAUCCUCAUAGAGAAGAGGGUUGGUGUUAUACCAUAUAUUCCCUUCCUCGCAGCCUCCUUGAAUUGCUUUUUCUGGGCCACCUAUUCAGUUUUGAAUGAAUUUUGGGACAACUCAAUUCUGUUCAUCAAUACUUUUGGACUUAUUCUACAGGUCAUGUACAUUGUCCUCUAUUAUUACUUUACUGAAGACAAGACGUCGCUAAUUCGUGACAUUUUUAUAACCUGUUCUAUAAUUGGAGCAGUUCUAUUCUACGUGAUGGUAGUGGUCAGUGAACUCAAUAGGCUAAUUCAUCUUGGAAUCAUUGCCAAUUUUUUCUCUAUUUGCUUCUUUGGUUCUCCUCUGUCUACUAUGCCUGUUGUAGUACGCACUAAGAGUAUUGAGUCUAUGUCCUUGCCUUUCUCUGUCCUCUGUUCUCUGGUUACCAGUCUGUGGACACUCUAUGGACUAGCCGUCUCUGACGUCUACAUUCAGUUCCCCAACUUGAUAGGGUUCAUCCUCUCUCUCAUUCAACUCUUUCUGUUCUGUGUCUACCCUCCCACGAAGAAAGUUCUCACUAUCCAAUCACCGGCCUAACUCUUUAUAGUUAUAGCAGCAACUGUUCUCCAACUAUACACAUGUACAUGUAUGCUUGUGAUGAACAAUAACUUGUGUAUUCAGUUUAAACGAUGUACAUGUACUAAUUAACUACAACAACACAAUAAUUAUUGUUGAGUUCA